CCUUGCUGGAGGACAUCACCAUCCUUUCACUGUGAUCAUCUUUGUAAGCGCUUCUUUUCUGUCUUCAGUCAGUAAUUGACCUGCCGCAAGAUGAGGGGUGUUUGUGUUUUGUUUAUGUUAGUACUAUACACAGCGUGUGGAAAUGCCCAGUUUCUAAACAACAGGCCUUUCCCAACCUACAGCCUGGAAAAUAUGCCGGAUACGGAAUUUUCCUGUAGGGAUAAAAUCUUGGGAGGCUACUAUGCUGAUGUGGAUGCUCAGUGUCAGAUGUUCCACAUCUGCGUCAAAGUUGCUGGUGUUGGGGUCCAAGAUUUUCGCUUCUUAUGUCCCAAUGGAACAGCAUUUGAUCAAGACCAUCAAAUCUGUGCAGAAUGGGAAGAUGUAGAUUGCGACGCCACUACCCUCUACUACUCCAGCGACAAUUUCGACCUUUACAGGAUCGGAUCAGGUUUCGAAUCGAAAGCCAAGAAGUACGGAGAAGACGAGGAAACCUUCGCCCUACAACGUGCAGAAACUGGUGACGUGAGGUUGAACCGCGAACACCAAACCCAACGGGUCAACCAACAGAAAGAGAACAACUAUUCCAACCAGCCGAGAAAACACCAUCAACAACAACAGUCGCACAGACCGAACAACAACCAAGAAAACGAACGAGACAUCUUCAAAGGGUCGAGCAGCUCGAACUUCUUCAACAACAGGAACGGAGGCAAAGAGACCGAUGAAGAUUAUGACGAUAACGUGAACGCAAACCAGAAUAACGACCAGUUCCAGAAGAGAAAACUGAACAAGAAGCCAGUUAGAAGACCGAGUUAUAACAACCAACAACAGGAGACAACAGAAGCUCCGGUUUCGACCCCUAAAAGAGUCAAACAAACCCAACCGAGAAACGAGGAAAACCAAACGAACAGGCCUCAAAAACCCACAGGUUUCAUUAAUAAUUUCGCGGGAAGCAGCUAUGUUCCAACCACAACUCCUAGAGGCACCACAACUCUAUCCAACGAGAGAUAUACAGUCGCCGUCAAUAAUCAUAGGGUUAGAAAUAGUCAACGCCAUAGGGCUCCCAUUCCUGAUCGUCAAUACAACAACGCCGAUAACUUCAGGCAGAGCCAGAGUACCAGCGAGCCGCUGACAGUCAGUACCCCUGCACCGUUCAGACAGUCGAACCAAUAUAACAACUCUCCUUCAAGACAGUCGACACAAUUCAAUAACAACUACAACAAUCAACCAAGCACUUCUGGUUCAAACAAACAGACCACACAGAAUUAUCCAAGACCAAACAACCAACAGAAAAACGAAUACAACGAUGAUUUUGAAACUAAGAAGACCACCGAAAAUUACCCACAGAGAACCAACUUCGAUGCGAAGAAAUCCCCUGCUCCUUUCCAAAGCCAAAACGAUAACUAUCCCACCACUUACUCCCCUAAAAAACAGUUCUACCAAACCACAACUAAAAAAGUUGAGAAUUACCCAACCACCUUCUCUCCAAAAACAAACCAAGGUUACAACACGAUAUCACAAGUUACCACCCAAUACAACAACAAUCAGGGUCAGAAUAACCAGAAGCAGCAACAAAACAACUAUCAGAACAACCAACAACAAUUCAACACACAAAAACCUCAACCCUUCAGCAGUCAGAAACCAAACAAUUUCAACUCCCAGCCACCUCAGCCUUUCUCAAACCAGAAAUCUACCAACUAUAACCAAUUCAGCUCUCAGAAAACGAACAGAGACAACCAACAGAGCACACCCAAGACAACCCCCUACACCCAGUACACCCCAACUGUUCCUAAAAUAACCUCAACCACACCUAUCAACAGAUCAAAUAGGUUCGAUGAGACACAAUACGAUGAUGGUACUUACAACUCCAGAUACGACUACGAUGACAGACGCGAAGACGAAUUUUUGAAAACAGCUCACAGUCAAAACAUAGCUAAGAGCAGAAACGACUUGGCAAAGUCACAGAAGGCUCAGGAGCAGAGCAAACAGUCCAACAAUAAGCCCAAUUACGAAUCUCCAAGACCUUUCUCUGCUACACCAAAUGCAUCUACUAAACAAGAUUAUACGCGUCCAUCUCAACCAAUUACACCCAGAUACACACAGCAACAAACUGUGAACAAACAAAGGAACCAGCAACAAUCGCAAACCACAACCCAGGCUCCUAAAAAAGUUAAAGAUGUCAGCUACGACUACGCCUACUACGAUACCAAUGGAAGUGAGCCGGAGUAUGAUAUCGAUACCGAAAUAAAGAAAUCUACAGCGAAAAAUUAGUACCGUACUAAAAUGUUAGUUUGAAAAUUGUUAAAAGUCUGUGUUGAACUCGUAAUGUGAAAAAAAUGUUGCCACCAAGAAUAGGAAAUAAAUUCUGCGGAAAAACGGAUAUUUAAGCCUUGAUCUUAUGUUUAAGAUUGUACAUACUGUAAUAUUCUAUUCUUAUCAGUAAAUGACUGUUAUAUUUA